UCCCAGGCGUGCUUCAGCAGUGACGGGGACAGCUUCGCGGAGGCUUGUGGGCAACCUGCAGCUGGAACCCAGCUGAGAACAAGCGUAGUUAGUGUUCAUUCACUCCCAGCUCCCGGAGCAGCCUCCCAUGCUGCUGCUCGCUCCGAGCCAGGCUCCGAGCGAGCGAGCGAGCGGCGGAGAGAAGUUGACCCCUUUGCCCUGCUGUGCUGCACAGACUGGAGGAGGAACCAGGAGGGCUGUUGGAAAAGGGAGCUUCAGCUGGCAUCUUGAAGGGUGUGCAGGCGUAAUGCCCAGCAGAGGAGGCAAGGGACGCUUCUAGAAGGAAUGAUGUAUGUCUCACAGAGACCUGGCCCCAAAGUGACAUCUCCAGGCAGCGCCGGACGGGCCAAUGCCAGCCGGAUGAUGACCAGUUGUAGCCAGCGGUCCCGGAACGUGCUCGCCGUAUUCUCCCUGCUGUUUCCUGCAGUCCUGUCGGCACAUUUCCGGGUCUGUGAGCCCUACACGGACCACAAGGGCCGCUACCACUUCGGUUUCCACUGCCCCCGGCUCUCGGACAACAAAACCUUCGUCCUUUGCUGUCACCAUAACAACACGGUCUUCAAAUAUUGCUGCAACGAGACGGAGUUCCAGGCGGUCAUGCAGGCAAACCUCACAGCCGGCCCCGAGGGCUACAUGCACAACAACUACACGGCACUGCUGGGAGUGUGGAUCUAUGGCUUCUUCGUGCUUACGCUGCUGGUCCUGGACCUGCUCUAUUAUUCCGCCAUGAACUACGACAUUUGCAAGGUUUACCUGACCCGGUGGGGCAUCCACGGACGGUGGAUGAAACAGGACCCCCGGCGGUGGGGGAACCCUGCACGAGCCCAUCGGCCAGGACAGCCGGCCCCGCAGCCGCAGCCUCCCCCGGGUGCCCUGCCACCAGCCCUCCAGGCCGUCCACACGCUUCGGGGAGACACACACAGCCCACCCCUGAUGGCCUUCCAGAGUUCAUCCGCCUGAGCCUCCUGACCUUCCUGGGCUGCCGGAAAGAGUGGGACAAGAGUGGAAAACCCCUUUGCUGUGCCUCAGGAUGAAGGAGGUUAGACCCGGAGCACCUGGUGCAGCCUCCAAAAAACAGCUUCAACCAAGACACCAGGGAGAGCCGGGGCAGUGGCGUGGUAACAGAAGAGGAAACACCACCUGUGCCCAGAACCCCCUUCCGUGGACUUCUGAGAUUAGGAGCGAACUCAGGGUCCGGGGACAGGGUGCAGGAAGGGAGGUCCGAGCCACCUGUCUGCAAGCAAUAGUCCUCUUUGGGGCUGGUGGCUUCUGAGAAGACACUCGGUGUGGACUGAGAUGGCCAACACGAAGCUGCCCUGGCUGAUCCCAGCCAGAAGGACUUGGGGCCGUGAGUUGUGCUGCGGUCCAAACACUGAUGUUCCCCUGCCUCCACUCCCGCCAAUAGUGCCCCCCCCUUAGGCCUAUGCGUGUCGGAAUAUUAACCGUGUGUGUGUGUGUGUGUGUGUGUGUGUGUGUGUGUGUGGUCAGGGUGUCCUUUCCAUACGUCCAUUCAGUUAGUUUUUAGUUGAGUCCCACCGCCACCGGCCACAGGUUCUCUGGUGAGCACAGGUGGCCAUGUGGCUGAGGAGUCUUGCCCGUGUCCUUGUCUGAGGCUCAGGCAUCGUCUUGCCGUGGCCAGCAACUGUGAGGCAGUGGAGUCAGCAGGCAUGGGGCCCAGUCUUCCCAUGCCGUAGGCAGCAGGCACCAGAGCAUACCAGUGCUGGUUGGUUCUGGUGGCAUUUAUCCCCAUAGCAGUAAUAAGGAAGCAUCUCAACUGGCUUUGGGCAUCCUAGGUUGGUAUUUUGUGUGCUCCAUCACAGUCCCUGGAAAGCGCUAAUGCCUCUGGAAAUAGUGCAGGUUGGGGAAGGGUGCCACAGUCUCAUGACAGGGAGUGGUCAGCUCCACAGCUUGGACCCCGGGUGACAGGAACCCAAAUCUGGGUUUUGAUUCCUAAAGCGUAACAAGCUUCAUGACCCAGGGUCCUCCCCGUACGGUCCCUGGAGCACGUGUCUGACAUUUUCACAGUGAGUGCAGCCCCUCCCCAACCCGGGGGUCCUCCACUGUCACUGCUUGAGCCUGUCACCCACAAGCUCACUCUAGCCACAUGCCUGCCCAGCACCAGGCCGGUGAGUGAGUGAGUGAGUGAGUGAGUGAGGGCCAGACUCUGCCCCGGGGUGCCGCACCUUAGAGGGAGAAAAACCGCACAGACAGGGUGAUGGGUCCUACGGAAACCCAGAGCGGAGGGUUCCGUGAAUCUGUCUACCUGAAACGGGGUUUUCUGAGUAAGCCUGGGUGCCUGUAGCAUCUGCCCUGUGACCCGUUCUUCCCGAAGCUGCAUCCUCACUAGAUCAGGGGGUCCCCACAUGGGCUGGCAACCUGCCCACCCAACACUGUGGAGUACAGUGAGGAAGGGGUGGCGAGGAAGGAAGAGCCAACAUGGAGGUCCCCCUUGGGCACCACAAAGGCAAAUCAUGGAAGCUGCGUGGGGCUUGGGUGGUCAGAGAUGUUUAAGCCUGAUUCAAACGACAUACAAGGGUGGCAGUGGGAUCUAGAUAAGAGGGAUGUGCCCAGGCAAGUGCCAUUACAAGAGUAAAUGCCCUUCAGGUUCCUAGACGAAAACAAGCUAGGUGGCCAGGACUGGAAGAACAGCAGAAGUGAGAGGGUGACACCGCACCCAGAUCUCUGUCACCAUAACGAUGCACACGCACAAGGCCUCACCUUUGACGGUGCUGUGUUUCAGGAAAUAAGGCUCUUUCCACUCGGGCAGGCCCUUGAUCCUCUCAACCCCACGUGAGGAAGCGGUGGUCCCAUUUGUAGACGAUGGAAGCUGUCACUCUGCUGGUUCUAAAGGCCUCACGGGUCAAAGACCUCUGUCUCUGCACCCAGCCUGUUUCUCUCAGAUGCGCUGCUGUGCCCUGCACACAGCCUGGAGAACCUAAGCUUGAUUAAAGAUGGACAUGGACCCUCUCCCACGUGCUGAAACGUCAUAGGGUGUGGAACAGCCAUUUGCCCUGGAGGGUUCUCAGCACUGGAUCACUUGCAUCAGGCCACACCUGCAGCCUCUUAGGCAGAGCCUCUGCAGUUAAAGAGGUCGGGGCCAGGGGGGUCAUAAGACAGAUUCUGAUAGCACGUGAGCAAAGUGAUCACAGGCCGCCCUGCCUCAGUUUCCCCAGUAGCAAGAGGAAGGAGUCAGAGCAGAUGGAGGGGAUGUCUGGCUUUGGUUGGCUCUGGGUGACACUCCUGCAGCUGCUUGCACAGGGCUCAGGGUUACUUCCUCUGCGAAGCCUUCUUCCUCAGACACAGGAUGGACCACGGCAUGCGGACAGCAGGGUUUCUGGGUGGGGAGGGGCAUCCACCAGAGGUCUCCUAGGGAAUAGCAGAAGGUCGCCGUGAAGGUUCUGGUUGCAUCUCUCAUGUAUGUGUCUGAGGUAAGAAUCUGGACUCUAUCCAGGGCACAGGAGUACCCCUGUCCCCAGAGGUCGGCUGUGCAGGCCCUGGGCACCCUGCUCCCACUCAGCUGGGUGAUCCCGGCUCACCCACCACCCAUGCUCCCUGAGGCUCCACUUCUCACUUGGCAAGCAGGGGUUAGAGGUCAGGGUCUUACCCCGUGCCACCUCACAGAGCCACUGGAGGCAAGAGCUGUGCCCGUGUAGAUCUGAGCACCCGGGGUGGGCUGUAGGACCCCAGGGGGCCACAGUGAAAAGCCGUCCCCUGCCCCCUGUCUAUGGCUGACAGAUGUGCCAGUUAGUAGCAUGUCCUGAAGAGACACUGCAAGUUCCCAAAUAGCUGUGGAGCGGUGUCUCGGCCGAGGCUCCCAUUGUUGCCCCGUCCAGCUGCGUCUGUCCCCUGCUUUCCAUACAGUACACGAGUGAGUAGCCAUAGAAAGCAGAGAGGCGGGAAACACUGUGUGCCCACAGAGGGUCACGGGACAUCCCUGUGUCUGUCUGACUUUUACCCCUGGGAACUGUAUGUCCUCAGUAAGCAGUGUUAUGCCCCGUCAUCUGUGUGACUGGAACCUCCUCCCUGGUUGGCUGUACUCACCAAGGAAAUGGCUGGCCCAUCUCUCGUGGGAGUGGCCAAGCAUCUGACGGGGACUGUCACCAGUGUGCAAAAGGCCUUAAUCCCAACACAGGAGCACACACACACACACACAAAUGUGCAUAUCCAGAAAUACACACACAUGUACACACACACACACACACACACAAUUUACCCACCCAUGUGAACAUAACUUGUACUUGUUCAUAUGUCCACACAUGCACGCACACACUCACAUGCAUACACAUAUAUGCACAUAUCCAUGCGUGCAUAUAUGUGCAUAUACCAGUGAGUGUAAUUUACAUAUGUUCAGCAACGCACAUCUGUGGACACACGUGUAUACAUGAGAACAAACACCGGCAUUCGUGUACACAUGCACUCUCACGAAUACCACAUGUGUAGAGCUCACACAUAUCCACAAAUACACUCACAUGAAUACACAUGCAUCCACACACGAACACACACAUACACAGUCUGAAAGAGGUCUCGAGAGGAUCCAGGGCCUCGGGCUUCCGGACGUUUCUUACUGGCUUGUUUUAACUUCUCAACCUCGCUGCUUGGUUCCCGCUAACAGGAAUUGUUUGGGAGGUAAACAUGAGACUCCCCAGGCACUUGGGCACAGGUGACAAUCUGAGCGGCGUCGUGUGUGUGUGUGUGUGUGUGUGUGUGUGUGUGUGUGAAAGGCAGGGAGCCAGCAGCACACUGUGUGCCAGAGAGCUGUGCCGCACAGGUGACAAUCUGAGCGGCGUCGUGUGUGUGUGUGUGUGUGUGUGUGUGUGUGUGUGUGAAAGGCAGGGAGCCAGCACACUGUGUGCCAGAGAGCUGUGCCGAGGCAGUGGCGGCCUCGGGCUGAGUCACUCAGCAAACCUUGAAUGUGCCAAUGUCUGGCUGGUCAGCGGGGCUGAUGAGGAGGCGGGGCCUAUGAGGAGGCGUGGCCCUGUGCCCUCUAGAAAACCAGGCUUGGUGCCUGUCGUGUCGGGUGCCACGGUGGUCUCCCACGCCUUCUGUAGCCUCAGCAGUGUGCCCACACUUUGCGAGCUGUGGAUGGAAAGACUGACAGCCGAGGCCAUCUGCGCAGGGACACACGUACCACCCACACGCUGUUCAGCUGACGCUCGCUGGGCAGCCCUUGCUGUGUCGCCAGUGUCCACCUGAGGUCCUGCCUGUGCGAACACGUGUGUUGUGUCAGAGAACACGCAGGGGCCCCACGAGAGGCUGGGGUCCGCCACUGCUACCUGACUCGCUGUGCCUAACAGAAACACUCCCACCCUCUCCCCCCAAAAUACACACAGAACAUUUAUCUGUCCCUCCCACAGAAGUGACCUUGGAGCUGGCGUUGUCUGUCCCGCCCGACCCCGUCUCCAGUCCAGACUCCUGCCUGGUAGUCGGUGCUAGAAAUGCUUUCGGAGUGAGUGGAUUUAACCAUUAGUCAGUCACUCGGUGGUUAACACUCCUAUCUUAAUGUCAAAGCCCUGACCCGUUUACCCUUGGCCAACUAGAACCACCCUCUGAGACAUACCAAGUCCCCUUUCGGUCAGUAUCUACCUUAAAUUGAGCAUGGGACCAGCAACUGGAGUCACAGGGCCACUGUGACCUCCCACUUGGUCACAGCUAGUAUCUGAUUAGUGUGAGCUCUUAGGCCUGUGUUGUGUCUCAUGAUCUCACAUCCGGUCUCUUCCCAUCUCUCCCCACUGUCUGUGUUCAAGCUGUGGGGAAGUGUCUUCUUCUAAUCCCCACAGGUGAGCAUAUGGGCGAAGUGCAAUAACUAGGAAAGCUUCAGGGCCAGGGCCCGGCCACCCUAGAGAGGCAAGGGACCUUCCUGCAAAGGACCUGUUCCACCCUGAGUCAGUGGGACCAGGCAGGUCGACAGGGUGGGGCAGGAAGGUAUCGCUCUGCUAGAAUCGCCAGUGUUGAGUAGGCAUGGGGGGUCUCUCUCAAAGCCCAUAACCAGGAAAACCAAAAUCAAACAAAAACAAAAACAAAACAAAAAAACCUGAUAUCAGCUCUCCUCCCUCGUCCCAAUCCGAUGUAAUGAUGGUGUGUGUCACACUGACGCUGUCUCGCUGCGUUUGUCUUUCUAUAUAGUGGUUUUUAUAAUGACGUCCUUAGUUUUAAUAAAGGAGAAAUCGAGACAACUGUUU